CCUCCAGCAGUGUUUGCACAUCGGUUCUAAGUCUUCGAAAUAUUCGUGUGCUCAUUUUUUUUGUAUAUUUUUGUUUGAGUGAUAUCUAAGGAUGCGUCACGCUCUGGUCCUUGUUUUCGUGUGCGGUCUGAUGAUCGCCUUUGCCUCAGCCGGUUUGCUGGGUGGUGGAGGCGGUGGUGGUGGCUACGGUGGUAGCGGUGGUGGUGGCUAUGGUGGUGGUGGCGGCGGAGGCGGUGGUCAAGGUGGCUGGCAGAAGAACGGAGGAGGCGGUGGUGGCGGCCAGGGAGGCUAUGGCGGUGGUAGCCAAGGUGGACAUGGAGGCGGCGGCCAAGGAGGCUGGCAGAAGAAUGGAGGAGGUGGUGGUGGCGGUCAUGGCGGUGGUGGUGGACAAGGAGGUUAUGGAGGCGGCAGUCAAGGUGGCCAUGGAGGUGGACAAGGAGGCUAUGGAGGCGGUGGCCAUGGAGGCGGGGGUCAUGGAGGUGGUAGCAAAUCCUUGGCUGGCAAUCGCGGCAGUUCCGUGUCCUGGCAAGGUGGCAACAACAAGCACGGAGGCGGCGGCGGUGGUGGAGGAGGCGGUGGUCUUUAUGGAGGCGGUGGCGGCGGUGGUGGCAAGAGCCACGGCGGUGGCUGGUAAUUACCACACCGAGAGCAGCAAAUCCACCGGCUGAUGCUGACUAGUGUUCCAUGGCAUAGAGAUAGAGACAACUCCCUGGAUCUUCCCGUUUUUUUCUAUCUAAAGUCCUUCUAUUUCUGCUUUCAUUGUUUUUCUACUAAUAAAGUUAUUUUAUGCAUUUUGUAAA